AUGGAGGGAAUUGAAUUCCAUCAUGAUGGUGAAAGUAGUUCCAGUUCAAUAAAUAGGGGUCGAGAAAUUCAAUCUUCAUACAUGGGAAAUAUUAUUGAACAGAUUGAUAUGGCUUCAAGUGAUCAUAUUGAGUUGUUGGAUAGUUGUGAAACUGAAAUAAUAAGCGACCCUCGACAUGAAUUUGUUGUGGAAAAACAGAUUUACAAGGAUAAAGAAACACUCAAUGCAGUUAUGAGGCAAUAUGCCUUUAUGAAGCAGUUUCAAUUUCGGGUUAAAAGGUCUGGUAUAAAAAGCUAUCAUCUCGUAUGCCCUGGUGACAAUUGUUCAUGGUGUUUUAAGGCCUCAAGUCUAAAUAAGUCAAGGCUUUUCAAGAUUAGGAAUUUCUGUGAUAUGCACACAUGCUUGUUAAAGGAUAGAAUUUAUGAACAACGUCAAGCAACUUCCAAUGUCGUCAGCAUUAUUAUAAUGGAUAAGUAUGAAGAUCCAAAAACAAUAUACACACCCAAGGAUAUAUCUAGGGACAUGAGGAAACAACAUGGUGUCACAUUAACCUACAUGCAAGCUUAUAGAGCGAAGGAAAAGGCAAUGAUUAUGUUACGAGGGGAUCCCACCGACUCGUACAGUAAAAUUCCAGCCUACUUAUACAUUUUACAGAAGACAUAUCCGAGAUCUGUUGUAAGAUUGGAAAAAAUAGAGGAAGACCGUUUCUUGUAUACCUUUGUAGCACUGGAAGCUUGUAUUAGAGGAUGGGAGUAUUGCAGACCUAUAGUGGUGGUUGACGGAACCCAUCUACAAGGGGACUAUGCUAAUUGCUUGUACAUUGGAUCCAGGAGUAUACUGCCGCUUGCAUAUGGUAUAGUUGAUUCCGAAAAUGAUUCAUCUUGGACAUGGUUCUUUGAGCGGUUCAGGGAUGCUUUUGGUGAGAGGGAGAACAUGUGCUUUGUGUCGGACAGGCAUGAAAGUAUAUGGAAUGCGAGUGCAGCAGUGUACCCAGUGCUGCCUCAUUAUGCCUGUAUUUGGCAUUUGUGGAACAAUUUAAUUAAGCCAUGCCACCGAAACAAAGAGUAG